AUGAUAACUCCAGUCGCAGCCGUUUCUCUCGUGGCACUCUCGUGUGCCGUGCUCCUUCUGCUGAGGCCCAUUGUUAUUUUCUGGCUGGAUCCUUUGGAUCUGCGGAAGUAUCGAGCCCCCAGCUUUCUUGCUGCCACCACUCCGUUAUGGCUCAUGUGGGAGACGUGGAUGCAACGGCGGUCGGCCACAAUACACGCAGAAUUGGCCAAAUGCGAAGACGACGUGCUCCGCGUCGCGCCGAACAUGCUCAUGUUCAACGAUCCUCAAGCGGUCAAGGACAUCUACGGCCACCUGGCAGCAAGGAAAAUCGUCAAAGAUGUGUUUUACGAUAAGAUUGCCGGCGACGUCCACGACAUUGUCAACACGAGGGACCACGAUGACCACGGUCGCAAGAGAAAGUAUCUCGCAAAUUCCUUUGCCCUGAAGACUGUUGUCGAUAUGGAACCAGUCAUCAGGAAGAACUUCAAGAACUUGCUGGUGCGCAUCGAUGCAUUUUGUGCUGCAUCUGAGGCAGACCCAAAAGCCCAGCAGUCGUUCAACAUCCGUCAAUGGUUGAACUAUUUUACACUGGACGUCAUUUCGGACAUGGCGUUUGGAUACUGCACCGGGUUUCUGACACAAGGCGGGGACUCGAGGCAAGCGCAGACCCAAGGAGGCAUAUCCUACGAGGUCGGGAGCUUGAUUAAUGCUCUACAACAAGGCGUCCGCCACAGCCUGACAGUCGCUCAAGUUGUCUCCCCGCGAACGGUGCCCUGGCUGAAGGCGCUUUCUCGUUGUACUCCCCUUGGGUACCGGGUAACCCACGCUAAAGACGCCGAUGACUUUGAGAAUCUCUGCAUAUACCAAUUACGCAAGCGUUUAGAGCAAGGACCUCCGGAACGUGAUACCCAGGACUUCAUCGCCAACAUUUUAAAGGACAAGGCGGGCUCGGAUCGACCAGUCCCCUUUCGCGAGCUCGUCGCCGAAUCGCAAGUGCUGAUGAACGCGGGGAGCGACACAACAGCCGCCGGACUGACGAGCACCAUCUACCACCUCCUCUCCAACCCGGAGACCAUGAGCCGGCUGAGGGCUGAGGUUGAUUCACGCGUCAGCCCCGACGACCCUCAAGAGAUUCUCCCCUAUGACCUGGUCCGGGACCUGCCGUAUCUUCGCGCUUGUAUAGACGAGACCCUCCGGCUUCGACCCCCGAUCGCGUACCCCUUGCAACGCCUUGUGGUUGCCCCGGAAGGAGCCAUCAUCGCCGGCCGGCAUAUCAAGCAGGGGACUGUGGUCGCGGUGCCCCCGUUCUCGAUCCACCGGAAGGAGACCGUCUUCCCCGAACCCGACCGCUUCAACCCCGACCGGUGGCUGAACAAGGACGACCCCGUCCAACUGGAGGCGUUGCGCAAUUACUAUAUUCCCUUCAGCCAGGGUCCUCGGGCGUGUCUGGGCCGACACAUCGCCAUCAUCGAGCUGCAGAUUCUGAUUUCCAGUUUGGUCAGACGGUAUGACAUACAGCUCGAGCGGGAAGGGCAGGAACUGUUGAUUUUUGAGCGGUUCAACUCAAACCCGGGCCCGCUCCCUAUUCGUAUCAGGCGACGCGCGUAG